AUGGAGGCGCCCCGGCUGCUGCGUUUUUCUGCGGUGCCACUUCCAUCCGCCGCAGCUGGGGGGCUGGCGGAGCUGCGCGUGGGCGCUGACGCCGCGCCUCGCGCGCUUUCGCCGCCGCCUCUACCGCAUUCCGCGUCACGCACCGGGGCGAGGGCAACCCGGUCAACGGUGUCGACCCAGACGGACGACAACGCGCAGGCGGAGAGGCGUCGCUACGCACCUCCGCCGCAACGCUCCAUUGGGACUUGGGCGGCAUCGACGACGACCACACGUGCAACUUCGCCCGUGCCGACCUCUCGCGUCCAUGCCGCCAGCAACACAGAGUUCACUGGAGAGCAGUGGGAGGGGCAGGCACAUGCGCUCCUGCAGAAGACGGCCCUCCUACAGGAGUACGCGGAGCGUAACGAGUUUCUCGAGAGACGGCACGUGUCUAUGGAGCUCGCCCUCGCGGCGGCGCAGGAGCGAAUACGGCAGGACGCAGAGAUGCACAGCACGGUUGUGUCGUUUCUGACGACGAUGAUGGGCGAGCAAAGGCUUGAGCUGCAGCGACUGGAGUCGACGUGGCGACAACUUCUCUUUGAGCAUGAGGCGGAGUCGCGGUCGAUGCUCCGUGCGCUGCAGGAGGGGUGGGGGCGCGCAACACGGUCGACGCUGCAAAUCCGCAACGAACACGGGCAGUUACUGUGCGCCGCGGAGAGGUCCUUGCAGCUGCAGGAGGCCCUUCUCCAGCAGUCACUUCUGGACGAAGUGCGCCACCGUGAUGAGGUGAACGACGCCGAGUGGCAGUCCCGCCUCUCGCUUUGGCAGUUGUUUGUUUUUGCGGAAAAGUCUCAACGUGAGUCCUCCCGCGCCGCCGCCGCUGCAAAUUUGGCGUUGGAGGAUAAACGUGCGGCGGUGCUGGCGAAGGCGGCGGUGGAGGAUCAGCUACGUGCUGCAUUGGAGCGCGAGAAGGAGUUUCGUCUUCAGUACUUGCACGUGCUAAGUCUUCCCACCACCACCAUCGUUUCCUGCAGUCACCCGUCCAACGCUACCGCCGCGGUCGAAGAUGACGUUCCUGUCCACGCACGGUUUGCGCGUGCACACAGGGAGGCAGCGGAAGCCGUCCGUGCUCAGCGUCGCUGCCCCAAAGGACAACUCCACGUCUUUUAG